AUGGCUGACGCCACGCUGAAGAGACUCGAGGAAGAGUUAGAAAAGAUACGGCAGGAUCUCUGGGAUGUCGACAGUUCAGAUGACGCACUCGAUAAGGUCCUGGCGAAGAUCACAUCAUUAAAGGCUCAAUUCGAAGUUCAGAAAUCAUUACAAGUCACUGCAAAUCUGCUGCGAAGGCAACCAAAAGACAGGGCCCUCCCAAAACAGCAAGCCACAAAAGUGAAGCAUCUCAUUCGCUUCGUCUUUCGGAAGGACAGCCGUGGAGGAGAUAGGUCUCAGCAACUACGCCAGUUAGAUUGCGAUAGUCUAAAGCUUUGCGGAUUGACUUAUACAACCGAAGAUAUUGUCAAGAUGGAGCAUGAGAAGUUUGAACUAGUCCGGACCCUUGCAGCAGAAUUCAUGUUAAAUCGCCAGCUCUCCCCUCUAUUAUAUCGGCCGGAUGUGGACAAAGCUGUCGAUGCUGUUGUUGAGGAGCCUGAUGACCAAGAGUCGUACGAUGCUUUCAUGAAAGAACAUACAUCCAGACGAUUGUUGACACGUAAAAGGAAAUACAACGCCUUUGCAUCGCCGAACGAAGACCAUCAAGGUGGCUAUAACGGUGGCCGCACAAUCGAUAACAUAGAUGCACCAGCGAACAGUGAACUACACGACGCCGCAAAUCAGGGAACAACAGAACGAGCAACGAGCAAUAAAUAUAAGGGCGGAGUUUUCAUUGUUCGAAAAGAAGACGCACGAUAUGCAAUGUCGCUCGACCAGCAUAUCUGGGAAAUAUGGUUAACAAAUCCUGAGCAAAGGUACAACACCUAUGAUGGAAAGAAGAGAUCAUUUCUCACUCUCUGGGUUUCCGAAGAAAUGGGUAAAGAGCUAGGAAAACGGGGCAAAUUGAUGGUUGCCAACGAAGACACUAAUGGCUAUCUACAAACUUGA